CCAGUAAUAUUAUUUUGGGGGUGGGGCUGCUAAUGUGUGACCUCCAUUUUACAAGCUGGUGAGAGAACUAGAAAUGGCAGACCAAGAGGAGGCUAGUGAUGAUCGACAAAUGAAGGUGGUUGUCCUGGGUGAUGGAACCACGGGCAAGACAUCACUGACCACCAGGUUCUCUCAGAAUCAUUUUGACAAGGAUUAUCAUCAAACUAUUGGACUGGACUUCUUUAUGAAGAGACUCAAGAUGCCAGGUGAUGUGAACGUGACUCUACAGGUGUGGGACAUUGGAGGGCAGGCUAUUGGUGGGAAGAUGCUUGACAACUACAUCUAUGGAGCUCAUUUGGUGCUGUUGGUGUAUGACAUCACCAACUACUCCAGCUUUGAGAACCUUGAAGACUGGCUGGCUGUGGUCACUAAGGUGUUUGCAGGAGCAGAGUCUCUACCACAUAUUGCACUAGUGGGGAAUAAAUCUGACAUGGAACACAUGCGUACUGUGAGGAAGGAGAGACACACUAGUUUUGCAAAGCAGCACAAAAUGUCAAGCUUCUUUGUGUCUGCCAAGAAUGAUGACCUCAUCAACAACAUGUUCAUGAGGAUGGUUGCACAUGUACUCAAGAUCAAACUAUCUAGCUCAGAUCUGUCCAGGGUGGCCACCGUGGUUACUGCUAAGAUAAUGUCACAUGACAAUGGAGGGACGACCAAGAUAAGACAACCCGUAGAGAAAACUAAGAGUUCUUUCUGUACUGUUCAAUGAUGUAGAAUGUUUACAUGGCAACCCAUUCACUCUUUGUUUUGUGCAAUUGUUUUUGUGUCUGAAGAAAAUUUAAUUAUUGCUGGCAACUUCUGAGCCACUCCC